AUGUUUAUUUUGCCCAGGCUUAUGAUCAGUGAUUGUAUCAGCCAACCAAUAUUAGCUGGCAAGACAGAAAGCACUAAAAGUCUUAUGCAGUAUCUUGCUUUUAUGGGCGGUAAACCUCAAGCUGAGGGAAGGUCAGUGCAACAACAAAUCCUAGAGGCGUGUUUCUCAGUGGAACUUUGCACCCUUCUUUUGUUGGUAGAACAAACACAUCGGACGUGA